GCUAUUCGUUGAUUGGCUGGCGCACAGGGGAGUUAUCAUGGCUGCCGUACGCUGUGUGUCCCGGCUCCUGCCAGGACUUUGGAGCCCCAGCACCAGUUGUGUGUCCCGGCUGCCCGGCCGCCUGUACUCCAUAAGCCACCUGUCCGUGCCGGAAAGGAUAGAGAAGAAGCGGAGUGAGGCGCUGCGUGGUGGCGGGGAGCAGCGAAUAGAGGCGCAACACAGGAGGGGAAAGCUGACGGCCCGGGAGAGGAUUGGCUUGCUUUUGGACGCAGGCAGCUUUGCAGAAUAUGACAUGUUUGUAGAGCACAGAUGUGCAGAUUUUGGAAUGCAAGAAGAUAGAAACAAGUAUCCUGGAGACAGCGUUGUCACUGGACAGGGGCGCAUUAAUGGGAGAUUAGUAUAUGUGUUCAGCCAGGACUUUACUGUGUUUGGCGGCAGCUUGUCUGGAGCUCAUGCACAGAAAAUAUGCAAGAUCAUGGAUCAGGCUGUGAUGGUGGGUGCCCCAGUGAUCGGACUGAAUGACUCUGGAGGGGCACGUAUUCAGGAGGGUGUGGAGUCUUUGGCGGGCUAUGCAGACAUCUUCUUGAGAAACGUGCUGAGCUCUGGAGUUGUGCCUCAAAUCUCUCUGAUUAUGGGACCUUGUGCCGGAGGCGCCGUCUACUCCCCGGCGUUAACAGACUUCACAUUUAUGGUUAAGGACACUUCCUACUUAUUCAUUACUGGUCCAGAUGUAGUAAAGUCAGUUACCAAUGAGGAUGUGACGCAGGAAGACCUAGGAGGAGCCAAAACCCAUACUGCACUCUCAGGAGUGGCUCAUCGAGCAUUUGAGAAUGACAUUGAUGCUUUAUUAAACCUUCGGGAAUUCUUUAACUACCUUCCACUGAGCAACAAGGAUCCGUCACCGAUCAGAGAGUGUCACGAUCCAAGUGACCGCCUUGUCCCCGGAUUAGAUACCGUGGUGCCCAUGGAGACCACUAAAGCUUAUGACAUGCUGGACAUCAUUCAUUCGAUUGUUGAUGAGCGAGACUUCUUUGAGAUUAUGCCCAACUAUGCCAAGAACAUUGUGGUUGGCUUUGCCAGGAUGAAUGGGAGGACCGUUGGAAUAGUUGGGAACCAGCCGAAAGUUGCAUCAGGCUGCUUGGACAUAAACUCCUCAGUAAAGGGCGCUCGCUUUGUCAGGUUCUGUGAUGCCUUCAAUAUCCCCAUCGUCACAUUUGUGGAUGUACCUGGAUUUUUGCCAGGCACUGCCCAAGAGUAUGGCGGCAUCAUCCGACAUGGCGCAAAGUUGCUGUUUGCCUUCGCUGAGGCCACAGUGCCCAAGAUCACAGUAAUUACCAGGAAGGCUUAUGGGGGCGCCUACGAUGUGAUGAGUUCCAAGCAUCUCAGAGGUGACGUCAAUUAUGCCUGGCCCACAGCAGAGGUUGCUGUAAUGGGGGCAAAGGGAGCUGUUCAGAUCAUAUUCCGAGGAAGCCACAACCAGGCUGAAGCAGAGGCGGAAUAUGUGGAUAAAUUUGCUAAUCCUUUCCCUGCAGCAGUUAGAGGAUUCGUUGAUGAUAUAAUUCAGCCAUCUACUACUCGCAUGCGCAUCUGCCGUGACCUGGAAGUGCUCGCAAGCAAGCAACAAGUGAAUCCAUGGAAGAAACAUGCGAAUAUUCCUCUAUGAGGCAGAACCGCUUGAUCAGCUUACUAUACAUUCCUGUCUGGGAAAUGACAAGAUCACAAUGCAAGGACAGAUUGGUUUGUAUCAAACACUACCACUAAUGUCUGGAAGAAGGGACAUGAUUUUCCUGAGACUCCAGCUACUACUCAUGUAUGAAACCGCUCAUUCAGAUAUAAAUAAAUCAUACUAAAUAGAA